CACGGGUCAUCACACAGCCUUGUGCUAACCUGGCCCCACCCAGCAAGGCCCCAUUCCUUUCUGCUUCUUCCUUGGGCCAGACUUCCUGCCCCCCAGGAUACACCCUCUGCCUGUGAGGAGCUGUCAGGUGAGAGGGAGGGCAGGGAACUGAGGUGGCCUGGGCCUCCAGAGUGCCUUUCUUUAACCUGCCGUGGCCACGACGUGGCUUGCCGGCGUUCCUUUGACCAGCACUGCUUCUGACCCUGGACAGACCCAGCCCCUCUGGCCACAGCUGCUCUGCUCUGUUACAGGCCAGAGUGCCCCUAGCUAUAGCCCUAAGCCCAGCUCCUGCAGGGCAGCAGAGCCCAGCGCGGUCGGCAUUCCUGACGAAGGGCCCCACGUGGCAGGAGGCUGGAAAGGUGUUCUGGGCCCACAGGCCCGACUUUGCUCUCUCUGAGGCCUCAGUCUAGUGCCUGACCUUCAGUGCCACCCACCGCUCGAGUGUGAGAGCUGUGCACGUGAGCAGGUGCCCAAGGAAGGGGCAGCGAGGGGCCCUGGCCCGAAAGCCGGGAAACUGAGGCAGCCUCGGCCAGGGGAGGGCUGGAGGGCCAGCCGCUCUGCUCAGCCCCCUCCUGCCCCAACUCGAGGCCCCGCCCCGUGCCCGAGGCCCCGCCCCUGGGCUGAGGCCCCGCCCCGCCCGGGCCCGGAAGCGCAGCGCCGGGGCGGCCCAAGCCCGGGUCUGGCGGGAAGGGGCCGGCUGACCCCGAGCCUGGUCUUUGGGAAAAUCCUCGAGCGCGGAGGCUUCUGGGGACUACAGUCCGCACCAGCCGCCGGCUUCCUUCCAGGCCAGGCAGGGCCAUGGACCCCCAUGAGACGCUCGUCAAGAACCCAUAUGCCCACAUAAGCAUCCCGAGGGCUCACCUGCGGCCUGAUCUGGGACAGCAGCUGAAGGCGGGCCCAUCCUCUGCAGAGUCGCAGCCUCUGCCCGUGAGGUCCUGCACCCUGGAGCCUCUGGAGGAGGCCCCGGGGCCCAAGGGCGCCAAGGGGGCUGCCUCCAUCCAGGGCCAGCUGGCCUGUCAGCAGCCCUGCAAGCCCUGUGGCAGCGGGCAGCGCCCAGCAGGGCUGGCCUACGCCGGCCCGCCGCCCGCCCAGCGCGGCGACGACAUUGCCCAUCACUGCUGGUGCUGCCCCUGCUGCUCCUGCUGCCACUGCCCCCGCUUCUGCCGCUGCCACAGCUGCUGCUGCGUCGUCUCCUAGCCGGCCCCUGCUGGCCCCAAGGCCCGGCGACGCCAGCCGGCCUCUGCUCAGGCGGCUACGGCAAGGGCCUGGGCAGUUGGGACUGCCACUGUGGCGUCGCAGGCACUGGCCGCCCCCCUCCCUGGACAGCUGCAGCCAACCCACCGGGAAGGCCGACAGGCCAGCCCAGGGCCCUGGAACGGAGCCCUGGGCACUGCUCGUGCUGGGGACUCCCUUGACCACCUCUGCGAGGCCCAGGCCCAAGCAAUAAAGCUGUGCGAGCUCCA